AUGAUGGCCCCAAAUCCUUUUGGUGGUCAAAUAUAUCCUGGACAACAACAACAAAAUAUUAAUAAUAUGACUUCUACUACACCUUAUUGGACUCCUCAAAUGCAACAAAUGGGUGGGGGAGGAAUGUAUCCACAAUUUGGUAUCAAUUCAACUACUGCUGGUUAUACUACAACUGAACAACCUUCUUCAAUUCCUCAACAACAACCACCUCAACGUCCACCAUUACCACCCCAACAACCACCAAUAAAUAAUGGAAUACAAAAAACUGAGGCAGAAACACUUUCUCAUUUAGUUGGAAAUUUUGGAAUUCCUUCUACAACAACAACUUCUGGGUUUGCUCCAUCCUUUACACAAGCAAAUAAUAGCAGCAAUCCUUUUGGGGGUUAG